UGUUGAAAUUCCACUGUACCCGCCGCUCGCGGAUUGGACCUGGUUGACCUGCUACAUGAACGCUGGGCUAUGUUAUAGCGGUUGCCGGUAAUCGAGGACCGUUACGACCGUACCGUACGGCGCGCAGUGCUUAAAACUAUGCAGUGCAUGUAUCUACGGGUGCGUUAGCGGAUGCAAGCUCUGUCGGAUUGAGACUCGGUGAUCUUUCUGGAGAUAGACGCGACGAAGGCGGCUCACCUUCCUUGUCCACCAUGGUUUUGUACGAAUUGCAAGUAGCAAUCACGUCCUUUCCCUCAGUUACAUACUUCUUCCUUCCUUGACUCGGAGUUCUUGAGGAAACGUGGCUCUCAACACCCAGGGCAUCCUUGCAGCGGUGACGAUUGCAAUGUAUGUCCCCUUCUUGCUUGUUUCCUUCAAGGUGGUGUCGAAGUCUGCAUAUCGCGAGGUGAUGGAUCAUGUUGUUAGUAUUCUGCAUCAUUAGAGUAUUGGGUGGUUCUUUCCUUGUCGCAGCUCAGGAGAUUACACCCGCGAGCACCGUAUUAUACAUCGGCGGUUUCGCCCUUCAAGCAUCUGGCCUAUCCCCACUACUGAUUUGCACGCGGGGUCUGUUGCACUCAGUAUUCCAGACGCCCGAUGGUUGGUCAAGAUAUAAUAGCAUAUUCCGCCUUCUUCAACUCCUCGGCAUGGUUGCUCUCAUCAUCCUUACCAUCAUCGGUAUCUCCGUUGCGUCGAGUUCCAGCUCAAGCUCGACUGUGAACAUCAUGCGUCGGAUCAUGCGUCGGACAGGUGUCAUCCUCUUUUGCCGUAUACAUAAUCCUUAGUGGCAUUUGCCUCUUUCUAUGGACCUAAGUCCGCUCUGUCAUGCCAUACCGCAAGCAGGCGAGCCUUCCGCGAUCACAGUCAUCUAUUCGUCUCAUGUUCCUACGCCCUAUCUUCAGCUCCUGACAGCCAUCUCCAUCGCGCUUUCAUUCGCGUCCAAUUGCAAACCGCUAAGUCGAUUUCGUGAAUUUGAUGGUGUUCACAGCCUCCUCAAGACACAUCUAUUCAUAGGGCAUCACCGCACAAUCGCAAUUGUAGAUCCGUUAUAAUUAUAGCUUUUUUUCCUGAUAUAGUCGAGGGUAAAUCAUGGGAUCUGUUCAAAUAUUCUACGCACCCACCCCACGCAAUCUGAUAACAUACACACGCAAAGAUUCGCAUACAUACAUUAUAUCUAUAUGACC